UUAAAGAUCAACGGUUUUCCUUGUUCUCUAAACAAACGUAUGGCGUUAUUAGGUUUUUUUGGUUCUCUCUUGAUGUUCAUCUUCUUCGCGAGAUGAUGUAGUUGUGAGGAAGAAGAAGACGAAGCGAUCGUCUGCUUUAUCGUUCCUCGUCUCUUAUUACGGUGAUUUCCGGCGAUGAAGACGUCUCUCCGGCGGCUACGAGGUGCGCUUCACCACAAGCAUGAGGCCAAGGACCGUAGAGAUCUCCGAGCUCUGGCUCAGAAGGACGAGCUUGCUCAGGCCUCGCAGGAAAUGCAAGACAUGAGAGAUUGCUAUGAUGGAUUGCUCGCUGCUGCUGCUGCUACGGCGAACAGUGCAUAUGAAUUCUCUGAAUCGUUGAGAGAAUUGGGUUCUUGUUUGCUUGAGAAAACUGCUUUAAAUGAUGAUGAAGAAAGUGGUAGAGCGUUGUUAAUGCUGGGAAAAAUGCAGUUUGAGCUCCAGAAACUUGUCGAUAAUUAUCGAUCUCAUAUAUUCCAAACUAUCACGGUCCCAUCCGAGUCUCUUCUUAAUGAACUUCGAAUAGUUGAGGAAAUGAAGCAUCUUUGUGAUGAGAAAAGAAAUGUUUAUGAGCACAUGCUAUCCCGACUCAGAGAAAAGGGGAGGUCGAGGAGUGGGAAAGGAGAAACUUUUUCUAUGCAUCAAUUACAAGAAGCUCACGAGGAAUAUGAUAACGAAGCGACCUUAUUCGUUUUCCGUUUGAAAUCACUGAAACAAGGUCAAACUCGUAGUCUUUUGACACAGGCAGCUCGGCACCAUGCUGCUCAGUUAUGCUUCUUCAAGAAGGCUCUGAAGUCACUCGAAGAAGUAGAACCACAAAUGAAGCUGGUAACUGAGUCACAGCAUAUUGAUUACCAUUUCAGUGGACUUUACGAUGACAAUGAGAAAGAUGAAAUUGAAAAUAAUGAUGACGAUGGCUCUGUAGCACAUGACGACGAGGAGUUGAGUUUUGACUAUAGAGUGAAUGACAACGAUCAGGAUGCUGUUUCUACAGAGCGCUUCUCCUCAGAGUUGAGUCAGUCAGACAUCACUUUUCCGCAGGUUGUCGGACCCAGCAUUGCAAAGGAAAAUGUGGAAACAAGCUACAGGAUAUCGCCUUCAUUAAAGUCGGAGGUUAGGGCAGCGAGCCAGUCAGCUCCCCUUUUGGUGGAGAACCGUACUUCUCUUUCUUCUGAUAAGCUGUUGCGGAUACGGUCAUCAUUGACACGGAAGUUCAACACGUAUGUAUUGCCAACACCCGCAGAAACUAGGAGCCCCACAUCUCCAGAACCAGGAGUAGCCACGAUUUCUCACCCUGAAAAGGUCUCCAGACCCAUAACCUCGGCAUCAGGACAGGUACUGAGAGAGAGUAACAAGAACACGUCUUCCUCUCGGUUGCCUCCUCCCUUGGCGGAUAAUGUACUGUUAUACUCUCGUCCCGGACAACUUGCUUCCGACAGGAAGAGGCUCAAGAGACAAUCCUUUUCUGGUCCAAUUACAAGCAAGCAGUUUCCGAGCAAUCCAGUCUCCUCAACAACACCUCAGCUCUACUCGGGACAUAUUCAGCGGAACCCGAAAAUCUCUUCCUCGCCUAGAAUGUCGCCAAGUACUUCCCCGACGUUUCUUUCAUCUCCUAAGAUAAGUGAGCUCCAUGAGCUUCCUAGGCCUCCAGAAAGGGCAUUAAGACAUUCAGCUCCAUUGCUUCCAAAGGACCGAUUGCUUUCCACGGCUAACGAUAAACCCGUCAUCUCAAAAUCGGCGUCUCGGCUUCCAGAACCACCUCCGAUCGCUCGCACCUGUAGCUUCUCGAUACCUACGAGCGGCCCGAAAGUAGCAGAAUUAGAUAUGUCAAAGACGACGAGAGAAGAUACUCUGAAGGUAAGAGCGGUUGGAGAUACCGUUUCACCACCGAUAACCCCCUCCUCCGCCAGAGAUCCAUCCACCACCAUGUAGCCUUGGGGAAUCUGUCAAUAUUAAAGAUUGUCCAAGAAAAUGGUGAGGAUUGUUGAUCCGUCUUUAGUCUGUGAUGUUCCUACGUUACCCAAGGAGCAAAGAUUCAGCAGGAGCAUUCAUAUAUAUAUAUAUAUAUUCCAUGUAGGUGUUCAGAUAUGCGUGUGUGUAUAUAUAUUAUAUAUCCUUUUACUUGUUUUUUCUCCCUUGUCAAUUACUUGUGCAAUUCAUAUUUCUUCUCUU